AUGGAUGGCCGGCGUACGCCAUUUUGGGUGGAAGUUGGUGCGUACGGGACUGUGACUGGAGGUGUUCUCAUUCAAACGUUUUCGCGAGGAGCGUGUGCUUAGAACUCUGACACCGAGGGCUGGAUUCCUAAGCCACGAUGACACAAAUGUUACCGAUACGGUUCCAAGAGCAUUUACAGCUCACCAACAUAGGCAUCAAUGCGGCCAACGUGGGCUUCAACACGCUCACGAUGGAGUCCGACAAGUUCAUCUGCGUGCGCGAGAAGGUGGGGGAUGCGGCGCAGGUGGUCAUUGUGGACAUGGCUAACCCCACCAGCCCCAUCCGAAGGCCCAUUUCUGCCGACUCUGCCAUCAUGAACCCGGCCUCGAGGGUCAUCGCCCUCAAGGCCUCAAGGACGCUGCAGAUCUUCAACAUUGAGAUGAAGAGCAAGGUGAAGGCUCACACGAUGACCGAGGACGUAGUGUUCUGGAAGUGGAUCAACGUGAACACAAUUGCCUUGGUCACGGAGGGAGCAGUCUACCACUGGAGCAUGGAAGGGGAUUCUCAGCCUCAGAAGAUGUUCGACCGCCACUCCAGUCUGAGUGGUUGCCAGAUCAUCAACUAUAGGACGGACGCCAAGAUCCAAUGGCUCCUGCUUAUAGGGAUUUCUGCCCAGCAAAACCGAGUGGUUGGAGCGAUGCAGCUGUAUUCGAUGGAGCGCAAAGUGAGCCAGCCCAUUGAGGGCCAUGCAGCGGCCUUUGCGCAGUUCAAGCAGGAGGGCAACACGGAGGCCUCGACACUUUUCUGCUUUGCAGUCCGGACCCCUCAUGGGGGAAAGCUGCACAUCAUUGAGGUUGGCCAGCCAGCGGCGGGCAACCAGGCCUACCCGAAGAAGGCUGUGGACGUGUUCUUCCCCCCCGAAGCCCAGAACGACUUCCCCGUGGCCAUGCAGAUGAGCCCGAGGCACGAUGUGGUCUACCUGAUCACCAAGUAUGGCUACGUACACCUGUACGACCUGGAGAGCGGCACCUGCAUCUACAUGAACCGCAUCUCGGCCGACACCAUCUUCGUCACAGCACCCCACGAGGCCUCCUCGGGCAUCAUCGGGGUGAAUCGCAAGGGACAGGUGCUCUCGGUGAGCGUGGAGGAGGAGAACAUCAUCCCGUACAUCACAAACGUGCUGCAGAACCCGGACCUGGCGCUGCGCAUGGCAGUGCGCAACAACCUGGCCGGGGCCGAAGACCUGUUCGUAGUCAAGUUCAAUACCCUGUUUGGGGGCGGCCAGUACUCGGAGGCAGCCAAGGUGGCGGCCAACGCGCCCAAGGGCAUCCUGCGCACCCCGCAGACGAUCCAGCGCUUUCAGCAGGUGCCCAACCAACCCGGGCAGACCUCCCCACUGCUGCAGUACUUCGGCAUCCUGCUGGACCAGGGGCAGCUGAACAAGUAUGAGAGCCUGGAGCUGUGCCGCCCCGUGCUGCAGCAGGGGCGCAAGCAGCUCCUCGAGAAGUGGCUCAAGGACGACAAGUUGGAAUGCAGUGAGGAACUGGGGGACCUGGUUAAGCAAGUGGACCCAACCCUGGCCCUCUCAGUUUACCUCCGUGCAAAUGUUCCCAACAAGGUGAUCCAGUGCUUUGCGGAGACCGGGCAGUUCCAGAAGAUAGUGCUGUAUGCUAAGAAGGUGGGCUAUGUGCCGGACUACGUGCUGCUGCUGCGCCAGGUGAUGCGGGUGAACCCGGACCAGGGAGCCUCCUUCGCCCAGAUGCUGGUGCAGGAUGAGGAGCCCCUCGCCGACAUCAACCAGAUUGUGGACGUGUUCAUGGAGUCCAACCUGGUCCAGCAGUGUACGGCCUUCCUUCUGGAUGCCCUGAAAAACAACCGUCCCUCCGAGAGCAACCUCCAGACCAGGCUGCUGGAGAUGAACCUCAUGACUGCACCACAGGUUGCAGACGCCAUCCUGGGGAACCAGAUGUUCACCCACUACGACCGCGCCCAUGUGGCCCAGCUGUGCGAGAAGGCUGGACUCCUGCAGAGGGCCCUGGAGCACUACACUGACUUGUACGACAUUAAGAGAGCCAUCGUGCACACCCACCUGCUGAAUGCCGAGUGGCUGGUGAACUACUUUGGCUCCUUGUCAGUGGAGGACUCUCUGGAGUGCCUGCGGGCCAUGCUGACACACAACCUGCGCCAGAACCUGCAGAUUAGCGUACAGGUGGCCACCAAGUACCACGAGCAGCUGACGACGGCCUCUCUCAUCGACCUGUUUGAGUCGUUCAAGAGCUACGAGGGCCUCUUCUACUUCCUGGGCUCCAUCGUGAACUUCAGCCAGGACCCAGAGGUGCACUUCAAGUACAUCCAGGCAGCCUGCAAGACGGGCCAGAUCAAGGAGGUUGAGCGCAUCUGCCGGGAGAGCAACUGCUACAACGCCGAGCGGGUUAAGAACUUCCUCAAGGAGGCCAAGCUGACGGACCAGCUGCCCCUGAUCAUUGUCUGCGAUCGCUUCGACUUUGUCCACGACCUGGUGCUUUACCUGUACCGCAAUAGCCUGCAGAAGUACAUUGAGAUCUACGUUCAAAAGGUGAACCCGUCCCGUCUGCCCGUGGUGGUGGGGGGCCUGCUGGACGUGGACUGUGCUGAGGAGGUGAUCAAGGGCCUGAUCCUGGUGGUCCGGGGCCAGUUCUCCACCGACGAGCUGGUGGCCGAGGUGGAGAAGCGCAACCGCCUCAAGCUGCUCCUGCCCUGGCUGGAGGGCAGGCUGCACGAGGGCUGCCAGGAGCCCGCCACCCACAACGCCCUGGCCAAGAUCUACAUUGACUCGAACAACAACCCUGAACGCUUCCUGCGAGAGAACCAGUUCUACGAGAGCCGGGUGGUGGGCCGCUACUGCGAGAAGCGGGACCCCCACCUGGCCUGCCUGGCCUACGAGCGGGGCCAGUGCGACCGAGAGCUGGUCCAGGUGUGCAACGACAACUCGCUGUUCAAGAGCGAGGCGCGCUACCUGGUGCGCCGGCGCGACCCAGACCUGUGGGCGGAGGUGCUGGCGGAGAGCAACCCGUUCCGGCGGCCGCUCAUUGACCAGGUGGUGCAGACUGCCCUCUCGGAGACCCAGGACCCCGAAGACAUCUCGGUGACGGUCAAGGCCUUCAUGACUGCCGACCUGCCCAACGAGCUCAUCGAGCUGCUCGAGAAGAUCGUGCUCGAAAACUCGGUCUUCAGCGACCACAGGAACCUGCAGAACCUUCUGAUCCUGACGGCCAUCAAGGCGGACCGCACCCGCGUGAUGGAGUACAUCAACCGGCUGGACAACUACGACGCCCCGGACAUUGCCAACAUUGCCAUUGGCAGCGAGCUAUACGAGGAGGCCUUCGCCAUCUUCCGCAAGUUCGACGUGAACACCUCGGCCAUCCAGGUUCUGAUCGAGCACAUCCAGAACCUGGACCGGGCCUACGAGUUUGCCGAGCGCUGCAACGAGCCAGGGGUCUGGAGCCAGCUGGCUAGGGCCCAGCUGGGCCAGGGCCUGGUCAAGGAGGCCAUCGACUCCUUCAUCAAGGCGGGAGACCACACCGCCUACCUGGACGUCGUGCAGACCGCACACAAGACCGGCUCCUGGGAGGACCUCGUGCGCUACCUGCAGAUGGCCCGCAAGAAGGGGCGGGAGUCGUACGUGGAGUCUGAGCUGAUCUAUGCGUACGCCAAGACGAACCGGCUGGCCGACCUGGAGGAGUUUGUGUCGGGCCCCAACCAUGCGGACGUGCAGCGCAUCGGGGACCGCUGCUUCGAGGACGGCCUAUACGAGCCGGCCAAGCUGCUCUACAACAAUGUGUCUAACUUUGCACGCCUGGCCAUCACCCUGGUCCACCUCAAGGAGUUCCAGGGUGCUGUGGACUCGGCGCGCAAGGCCAACUCUACGCGUACCUGGAAGGAGGUGUGCUUUGCGUGCGUGGACAACGAGGAGUUCCGGCUGGCUCAGAUGUGCGGCCUGCACAUCGUGGUGCACGCGGACGAGCUGGAGGACCUGAUCCACUACUACCAGGACCGGGGCUUCUUCGAGGAGCUUAUAGCGCUGCUGGAGGCGGCCCUAGGCCUGGAACGGGCACACAUGGGCAUGUUCACGGAGUUGGCCAUCCUCUACUCCAAGUACAAGCCGGCCAAGAUGCGAGAGCACCUGGAGCUCUUCUGGUCUCGGGUGAACAUCCCCAAGGUGCUGCGGGCCGCCGAGCAGGCACACCUCUGGGCCGAGCUAGUCUUCCUCUACGACAAGUACGAGGAGUUCGACAACGCCGUGGUCACCAUGAUGCAGCACCCCACUGAGGCCUGGAGGGAGGCUCACUUCAAGGAGAUCAUCACCAAGGUUGCAAACAUUGAGCUGUACUACCGGGCAGUCCAGUUCUACCUAGACCACAAGCCGAUGCUGCUAAACGACCUGCUGUUGGUGCUGGCUCCCCGCAUGGACCACACGCGGUCGGUCGGCUUCUUUGCCCGCGUCAACCACCUGCCCUUGGUCAAGCCCUACCUGCGCUCCGUCCAGAGCCUGAACAACAAGGCCAUCAACGAAGCCCUGAACGGCCUGCUGAUAGACGAGGAGGACUUCCAGGGGCUGCGCACGUCCAUAGACGCUUUCGACAACUUCGACAACAUUGCCCUGGCCCAGCGGCUGGAGAAGCAUGACCUGGUGGAGUUCAGACGCCUGGCUGCCUACCUCUACAAGGGCAACAACCGCUGGAAGCAGUCCGUAGAGCUCUGCAAGAAGGACCGCCUCUUCAAGGACGCCAUGGAGUAUGCGGCAGAGUCCAAACAGGCGGAGACGGCGGAGGAGCUGCUCUCGUGGUUCCUGGACGACAAGAACUAUGCCUGCUUUGGGGCCUGCCUGUUCCAGUGCUACGACCUGCUGCACCCAGACGUCAUCCUGGAGCUGGCCUGGCGCCACGGCAUCAUGGACUUCGCCAUGCCCUACUUUGUGCAGGUCAUGAGGGAGUAUGUCUCCAAGGUUGACAAGCUUGAGGAGAUGGAGAACCAGAGGCUGGAAGAGUCUGCACAGAACGAACAGAAGCCCCUCGUCUACGCCCCUGAGCCCCAGCUGAUGCUGACAGCACCCCCGGGCAUGAUGGCGGCGCCCGGCUACGUACCGGCGCCAGGCUAUGCCCCACCGAUGCCGGGAUAUCAAGGCUACAGCAUGUAGUGCAGCCCCGCCUCACUCUCUCCCCUGCCACCACCGUCGGAACAGAAAGAAGAGAACCCUUCCCCCGCCCCCACAACCCCAGCGACAACACUCCAUGUUCUGUACGCCCUCUCCUCCCUUUCCUCCUUGCUGCUGCUUGGGCUGUGCAUCCCAACCUGCUGGUUCAGGGCGCGUAUGUGUGUGUGUGUGUUCGGUCACGUGUUCUGCCACUCUCCGCCAGGAAACAGUGCUUUGAUGAAAAUAGAAAGGACUCCUGUUUAUUGUUUUUUUCUCACUCUCUCGAGUCUCUUUCUGUCGCGUUGUCUGUGUCGCCCGUUCUUUCCAACGAGGCGGUUGUACAGUUGUGUGAUGGGCUUUUGCCAUUUUUUUUUUUCUCGAGUGGGGACUGCAGAAGUGGGGAUGCGAAGGGGAAGGGGCCCAAAAAGCGGCAGUUCUUUUUUUGUUGUUUUUGUUUGUUUGAAAUUAACUCAUUAAAAGUAAUACUAGAAAUGUUACUUAAGAAGGGAGAUUGGUGACCGUAAAAAGCGUGGAGGGCAAGGCUCUCGCGCAGCUGUCCGCAAAUUUUUAAAUUUAGCCUUGCUGUCAUAAUUUUGGCCUAAUUGAAGCUUUAGAUCAUGGUGUAGCCUCUUCUUUUUUUUCUUUAAAGUUUGCGCGGGAAACGGCGGGCUGUUGAAAAGAGCCGUCGCACAAUGCAGCGAGUGUUAGCUCUUUUGUGUUGAGCAGUCCUACUUUGUGGCUUGGGCCCUCCCAAGGUAGAGCAUUUUUCUGCUCCUGUUUUUUUUUUGGAACGCUAGCAAAAAAAUUGUAGCAUCAUUCCCAUGUGCUUGAGGGCGCGUUUUGUUGGGCACACUUGGGGCCCUCUGCUUUCUCCCCUCGGCUAGCAGAGUUGGGGGGAAACAGGCAGAGGCCCCCUCUUUCAGAGUUUGGUUGUUUACUUUGUGUCGUCUAGCAGAAAGCAAAAACUGCCCUUCCCUUUUCCCUUCACCACUGGAAUGAGAGACUUGUUAUAUAUACAUUAUACAUAUUAUAUAUAUAUAUAGGAGAAAUUAAGAAAUGUAUGUAGUUUCCGAAGGAGAAAUAAAAAUUGCGUCCUCAC